AUGUAUGAUGACAUCACAGCUCUGGUAAUUGAUAAUGGUUCCGGAAUGUGCAAAGCCGGCUUAGCGGGCGAUAACGCCCCUCGCGCCGCCUUCCCGUCCAUUGUUGGGCGACCACGCCAUCAAGGAAUCUACACUUUAGGUAUUCUCACAUUCCGUUAUCCCAUUGAACAUGGUAUCGUUACAAACUGGGACGACAUGGAGAAGAUUUGGCGCCACAGCUUCUACAAUGAACUUCGAGUAGCUCCUGAAGAGCACCCGGUGUUGCUUACCGAAGCACCACUGAAUCCAAGAACCAAUCGAGAAAAAAUGACUCGGAUAAUGCUCGAAACUUUCAACGCACCAGCCAUGUACGUGAAUAUUCAAGCCGUGCUAUCCCUUUAUGCUUCUGGUCGUACUACCGCUAUGGUACUCGACACUGGGGAUGGAGUUACGCCCACCGUACCGAUCUAUGGGCUCAGUGGAAUUUCUCUUUCAUGGUCGAAACCUCACCGACUAUAUGACAAGGAUUCUUGCUGA